UCUCCUCCAAAUGUGAAGACUUCCAAUUAAGAAGUAGAAGGAGCAGUUAUUUGCCAAAUGUUAACCUUUUAUUUCUGAAAAUCCGACUAUCCUGAGAAAUUGACAAUUGUAACCAGAAUCAAAGAUUUGCUGUACAAGAGACUGACGUUUCCCAAACUUUAAAUAAGGGCUUCGUCUAGGCAUGAAUCAAAACAACUGCCUAUUUCCAGGACCAACACCUUCUCAUUGCUCUUGAAGCAGUAAAAGUUAAUUUUACAUCGCGCUGCUUAUUUACUUUUCCCCGCCCAGUCUGUGGCUAUCGAAGUCCUUGCCCCCAGCUGUACGAAGCUGUACCAUUUGCUGAUUCACUCGCCUGUGUUGGAUCGUCGUACGUUCACUUUGCACUGCUUGCAGUUGGUGAAAACCUUCUGCUAUGGCCAGUGCUGGAAGCCAUGUGUGGGUGGGCUUCAUAGAGGCCCUUCCUGUGGUGGGCUCUGUAAAAGAGGCAGUGGAGUGGGUCUUGGCUGUGGCUGCAGAUGACUCAGCUCUGGCCAAGGAAAAACUGGAUGUCAUCAAUGGAAGGCUUAGAAGAGUGUUGAAGUUGAAAGAGAACAGGUGUUCUGGGAGUUCAUCGGGAUAUUCCUCUCAGAGCACGUCUGGCAGCUCAACGCCAGUUGGGAAGAAAUCAUCUGGUCUGACUGCAAUGCAUGUGGAAAGUAUUCCUGAAAUAAACCUGAUGGCCCACAUCAUAGAAGUAAUGGGCAAGCAUGACAAGAAGAAAGCUCAACAAUCAGCAAGACUAGAGGCAGCUCGCACAAAUGAAGUGAUAAGGGUUCAAGAAGAGACAAAGAGAAAGAUCCGUCAAAUCAACCAAAAUUUUGAGUUCAGUGCUCCUCUUGUUGAUGAUGGUAAGAGGGCUAGAAGGGGUGAGCAUGUCAUCAAUAAUGAUGUCAUUACAUUUUACCAAAAAACUGUCGAUGACUUCAUGAACCAACAAACCAACCUUGGCAUAGAUGGUCCCCUUGAUACAGACACAGAAAAUUCCAUUAUGAAGGAGUUAGUGGUACAUUUUGAUGAAAAUGAACUGUAUAUCAAUGCUAAUGCACUGAUAUAUGGUGAAUUCUGUCGGAUAUUGAAGAGAGCUCUUAGACAAUUCCUGACAGUGCAUAGGCAGGGAGGCAGGAGCCAGGAAGACAAGGAUGAUGCACAAAAUGAGGUGACUCACAUUAUACAGAUCAUGAAUGACAUAAAGGCUUACGUAGAUCACUUUGCUAAGGUCAAAUGGAUUGGAAAUAAGAGUCUGAGACAAACACGGUUUGAAAAGAUCCAACAAAAGGUUGAGACCAUGUUCACCAACUGGACUCAAUAUUUUGACAUUGUAAGAGAUAAACUUGAGUUCCCUGCUUAAGGCAGCUCUGAGGUUACCGGCAUGUAAUGAGUAGGGAGGUGUUAACAGGUGUUAACAUGAGUAGGGACAUGUUAACAUGAGUAGGGAGGUGCUUCAUAUUGUUCUUAUUACACAAAUAAUCACAAAUAAUACAUCAGAGUAAUUUAGCUUUGUUUCUUCUUUCUUUUCUUUCUGUUUCAUCAGUCUUUUGCUAGCAUCAAAGACUAGAUUUUUAAAUAGAGGCAAAUAUAGAUAGCAACAACCUGUAAACUGCAAGAACCUGAAAAGUCCUUUAAUACAUGUAAAACAAGGAAUUAUUAGUUUGUCUUUGUUUUAUUUCUUUUUGAAUGUGGUCCUCAACUGUUGUGCUGUACUGUUAUAAUAUAUAUAAUAUAAAAUAAUGUUAUAAAUGUAAAAAAUGCAAUGGUGUGGCUUGGUGAGAAAUGUAUGAAAUGUGCCUGAAUUAUAGAACUGGUCAAACCCUGUAGCGUGUGCCAUGUCUGACAGAAUGUGCACCCAGUUCCCCAGGUUCCAAAUUAAUAAUAAUAAUAAAAAACAUCAAUAAAGGAUUCAAGUAUUACACAGAUUAAUUCUACCUUUAAGAAGCUCUUGAAGACCCAACUCUUCAGAGAGCACCUCUUUUCCUAACGAGCACUUCCUCUCCCUUCCUCUUCCUUUUUCUACCUCUCCUUAUCCUUCCUCUAAUGUAGAAUCUAUCUCCUCUAACAAGAAUGCUCAUUACAGGUCAUUGCAGGCUUGACAACUUUUCAACUUGUUUCUGAAAUUCCCUGAAAGCAUUUUAGAAAUCUCUAACCUUCAUCUUUGAGUAAAUGAUUGUUUAGUUUUUUUGUGAAUGAUAGAAUAUUGGUUCUUUACAGCAUUGCCAUAGUUGUAAUAAUGCAUAUGAUUGUAACUCAAGUGUUUGAGUUUUGUUUUUGUAAUCACUUAUCAAAAUAUUUCA